CUUGUGCUCGGAGUCGUAGGCGGUUGCUUGAGCCCCGAAGCGCGGGGACCGCCCGUGUUUGUCGUCCGCGAUCCGUUGGAUACGCGCCAGGCCGAUCAGGGAUUGUGCUCGUCUGUUGGAGGUUCUCGGUCGGUGUGCACGUGUAGCGUGCAAGAAGCAGGGGACAUGGCGUAUCGUCGCUACACAGCCGAGCACAACUUUGCGAAUCGGAAUGACUCUGAAAUCAGCAUGUCCAAAGGCGACUCACUGGUCGUGCGCCCAUUGGACACUGGUGACUGGCCAAACGAGCAAGACUGGAUGAUUGGUCGUAACGAGACCACGGGCGCGAUGGGCAAGUUUCCCGGGAACUACACAAGCCUUCUGGGCGAGUUCAAGGAUCAACCGCCGCGUCCCGCCAAGCCCACGCCACCGCCGCCCGCACAGCCCUCACAGCCGCGUCCGCCCAGGCCGGCGCCCGGGGACCGCUCCGUGUCCGACUCCACGGAGCACGGCAGCGGUGGCGGCAGCGCUCCCCCGCCGGUCGUGCCGCGCAUCCAGCAGCGCACGUCUCGCCAUAGCGACCCGGCACCCGUGCCGUACAGACCGCCGCCGGUGGGGCAGCGGCCAGGUGGCGGUGGCGAGGCGCCACCCAUCACACGGCACACUAGCUCGUCGUCGUCGCCCGCGCAGCCGACCAGUCCCGGCGGCCAUCAGCUUGUCAACGUCAACAUCAACAAACCGUGCCAGUGUGUCCACUGUGAAGGAUACAUCUGGUCUAAGCUACCGGACAACCAGCCUAACGCGACGGUCUGCAGACGAUGCGGUGUCAUCGCCCACAGUGAUACCUGCAGCAACGUGUUUCAGGCCGACUGCGCCGGUGCACGCCGGGCAGACUCUGGUCCAGUCAGAGUUGGCAGUCGGUGGCUUGAAGAUGUUCUUGCGGAUGAGCGCAUGUCGCCAAACCUCUGGAAUGUCCAGGAUGUGCUGGUCUGGCUGUUUGCAUGCAACCUGGACCAGUAUGCGCCCAUGUUUGACAGCAAUCUCAUCGAUGGCGCUAAGCUGCUUCGACUGGUGGAUGCUGAUCUGCAGGGCCUGGGAGUGCUGACACGCGAUCACCGCGACGCCAUUCUGGAGUGCAUACGAGAGCUGUUCUACCAGCAAUCCACACCGAGUCCAGAGCCGCUGAUGCCAACCAGCGGUGCGAGAAAUGUCCCGGACGGCCGCUUCAGGCGAACACUCAAGAAAGGGAUUGAUACGCGUGUCAACAAUCACGACUUCCGCUCGCACUCGUUUUUGCCGCCGAGCUGGUGUGACAAGUGUGGCAAGAUGCUGUGGGGUUUCUGCAAGCAAGGAGUCAAAUGUUCAAAAUGUCAAGCAGCGUGUCAUCGGCACUGCGUGACCAGUGAGCUACCUAUGUGUGAACCAGGAAUGUUCCGCCGCCGACCCGCGUCAUCUCUUGCAGUUGGUAUGACGCCACAGUUUGGCAGUGAUCUUGAGCACUUGUUCGACCCGUCCGAGAAGCCUGCUCCACCCGUCGUGAUGAAGUGCAUUGAGGCAGUGGACGCACGAGGUCUCCAGUCUGAGGGGAUCUACCGCGUGCCCGGGAUAAAGAGCGAGAAACAAUCUCUGAAAGAGGAGCUGAACAGAGAUCCAGAUAAAGUCGAUAUCAACGACAAGCGAUGGGCGGAUAUCAACUGUUGGGCGGGCAACAUCCCCGUCUUCUUCGGCUCGCUGCCGAGGCCGCUCAUUGUGUCCGAAAGCUACAAUUCAUUCUUGGAGGCUCGAGGAGAUGCCAACCAGCUGAUGGAGCUUGUACAGGAUCUUCCCGAUCACAACCGCAUCACACUCUACACGCUGAUGCAGCACUUGCAGAGGGUGGCACGCAACCAGCAUGUUUAACAAGAUGUCGCCGUACGCCAUUGCCGUGUCCCUGGCUCGGCAUUGCUGUGGCCUCCGGGACGUGACUUGCAGUAAGUAACAGUCACGACUGGAU